UACCCCCACUCCGUUCGAGGUUACUUAUUUGGCAGAAUUCAGUAUAGGGGCGGGUGGGGUAAAGUGGACACUAGACUUUUUUUAAUUAUUCAUAACUCAGAAACAAAUUCAUCAAUUGAGCUCAGGUUAGGCUCGUCUGGAAGGGAAAGAACUUUUCUUUGUACUGAAAAAAAAGUUAUUGCAUUUCAUCAACAUUUCAACGCCUCAUUAACAUUUUUAAAAAAGUCGAAAGUGUCGGUUUACCCCAACUUCUAUAUUGUAGUACCUAAUAUCUGAUACCGGUGGAAAUUAGUGUACGCUGAGGAGAAAUAAAUUCGUCACAUUUCAUGAAAACUAUCUCAUCUCACAACUCUGGAUAUGAAACGUGGGCUUCACGAAGACGCAAACGAACAUGGAUUGCAAUCAAUGACAGCGGGAUUUCAUUAUUCGUUUACGUGGAAAUCUAUUAUGAAGUAAUUAAAACACCAACACUUGGACCUAUCCAUAAAAACACAAAAAAAUUUGCAUCUUUGGAUUCACCGGAAAUGAGUAAACAAACCUGUUGUCAGAAGGCGGAAAUGAUGUGGUACUUCAUUUGCACAAAAAUUGGAGAAGAAUUGGCACUUUCCUUUUAUAAAAGGGAUAUAAUCAAUUGUUCCGCCUCCAUUAGCUGCUGCCAGCGGUGGACUUUAGAUGGCAGGCCCAGUGCCUCGGCGAAGUAGAACCCAAGAAGAUGAAUAAGCUCUGCCGUCAGCUGUCAAUUGAGAGUCCAAGUAUAACGGGACGUGACUGUGUCUUCAGUUUCGACGUUCCUGUCCCAGAUGUGCCCAGCCACGGUGCUAGAAUUCGCGUAGUGUGCGCCGGUGCCUGCUACCACCCCAAACGUUCCCCAAGUCUCACAAGUUUGACAUCAGUAUCGAGUUCAAGCAGUUUGGCAACUGAGGCUUCUCUAGAGGGCGAUUUUCCCGUAACUCUGCCGCAUCACGGAGUCCGAGAUGCAUCUCUAUUCCCCGGCUACGAAGUCGCUGGUAUUGUUGAGUCACUUGGCUCUGGACUGAGUGACGACUGUGCAUUUACUGUCGGCGAUCGGGUUAUACUUUAUCCCUACGAGGGAAUACCCAAUGGUUAUGUGGAGUAUCUCGUUGUUCAUGAUCUCAAAUACCUCAUUAAAAUACCAGAUAAUGUAUCACUGAGUGUCGCUGCUAUGCUCCCCGCCGGUGCUCUACUCGCUAUGAACACUGUCUUCGCGGCUCACGAACACGUACAGCAACUUGUGAAAGAGCGUGGGGAGAACAGUGUCUGCAAGAUCCUCAUCGUUGGUACCGGUGGAUUGGCUCUUUGGGCCCUGCGAAUUGCUGCCUAUCAUUUCACGAACAUGCGAGACAAGGUCACAAUAACAAUAGCUUCAUUGAAGGACGACGGAUUAAAAAUGGCACAAGAAUUUCAACGUAAAAAUGUGAUUUCCAGGGUGAACGUAGUAGAGUGGAACGAGGGCCUCUACGAGAAACAGUUGAUCGAACGCACAAUGGAUGCGUGUCGCGGUCAAGUGGACGUUGUCAUUGACUUCGGCACAACAUCCAGAAGCCUCCAUCGCAGUAUGCAAUGCCUAAGUAAAGGUGGAGUUGUUUUUGUGAUGAAAGAAGUGGCAGAUCGUUUGUUACCAAAAUUUAGCCGACGAGCGGAGGAGCGCCAAAUAAGCAUAAAGUCCGUGGAGCUUGGUACACUGGAGCAGUUGACUGAACUCGUACAAUUAGUGGCGUCCGGUGAAAUAGAGCCACCACCUCACACUGUUUAUCCGGCUGAAGAGGCAAUGGAUGUUGUUCACAAACUCUGUCAUUCACAAAUUCAAGGUAGAGCCAUUCUUCGCUUCUACCCCGCGGAUUAGACGCGGCGAUUAAGGUUGAAAGCCUGAGGACAUCAGUUAUCACUGAUUAUUGAUGAUUCUCGAUGAUCGGCGCAUCGAAAUUCAUCCGAAGAGAGUAUAUUAUGGAGUGAAGACGAAUGGAUGGUUUCGUUUUGGAUGAAUAACGUCAAGUUUGGGAUAUUGGAAAAAGAGCAGACUUAUUUGACAGAGAUUAACCAUAUAAUUAACAUGAGUAUGUAGAGUGAUAGUUCAGUUUAAUUAUCAUGAUGAACGCAUACAAAGUUCGAUAUAAAUAAUGCGUAUUUGCGUGAAUUUUCAAAAUUAUUGUGACGAAGUGGUGAAAGGAUUUCAAGAAUACUCUGAGAAUUGGGAGAAUUUGAGGAAAAAUAUCCGAAGAAGCUUUCAGUUGGUAGAAUUCUUGUUGAAGAAAUACUUCUUACACCUCCGAACCUCUUUCUGUAGAAGAUUUUCGAAAAAUCAGGUACAUGUCGUUCACCACUUCACAAUUUAUCUGAGGACAAAUGAAAGUAGUGGGAUAUGUCCUUUAACAUUACAAUAUGUUUUGGAUAUUAAUAACUGUUGAAAGGUCUGGUUAACUUGAGAUGGGUUCAUAAAAACUUGAAGCAAUAUCGAGGUAGGAGAACUAUUGUUUUUGCAUGCUGAACCAGUUGUUCGGAAUAAAAAUUCACUGAAGGCUCGAGUGCGCCUUAAAAAUCAUAAGCCUUGUUGAAAAUCCUAGAUCAGUAUUGCUGUGUUAAACUUUUUUAAGACUGUAAGUUUUGUUCAGGAGGUGGUCAUUUUUAUUUUUACUCAUCUUAAAUGUAAUAAGUCGAAGUUAACUUGUAACGCACCGCAUCGUAAUGGCCAAUGUCAUAACAGUGAUGUAUUAUACUAUAAAUCUUCGUAAUAUAAUCGAUAUGUUUUUAUUUAAA